AUGGACUGGCACGUGGCCGACAUCACAGAGUCGGGCUGCGGGGAGGCGCAUGCUCUCCUCACGGCCGUGAGGUUUCGCUCCUUCGGCGAGGCUGUUCUCGCCACAGAUCAUAAGUUUGCGAUCGACGUUCGGGACAGGGGUUGGCAUAUUCUGAAGUAUGGGCCCAAAUUACCUCGGGCCCAGGGCCACUGGAUUGAAAGCAUCUCUCUCCUGAAGGCCCGCUCCCACCUUACCCUGGCCAGUGCCUGCGACACGGGGAUGCCCGUCUGGGCUUGGGAGGGGAAUCAGGCUGCGGAUCGGCUGGCGGGGGACGGGGCCAAGCAUCUCUCCAUCGGAUUCAUCAGCAUCUCCAUCAGCAUCUCCAUCGGAUUCAUCAGCAUCUCCGUCAGUAGCGAGAGGUUUGCGACUGGAACGGGGCUGCGGCUGGCUCCGUGUACCAGCGUUCCUGAGACUGCGAAGACGGGAUCCUGCCACGAGGCAACUCGCAACGAAGUCGAUGUCCAGAGCCUGGCCCACUUGAAGUCUGGACCGUUGACCCUGCUGCCGCUGCUGCACACCUUCCUUAUCCGCCACAGCGGGGCUACUCAAGACUGGACUGUCGAGCACGGUCUCGAGUUUGGCCUGAAGGGUCACGGCAACGAGUGGUUUGGUCACAUAUGCAGUUGCGGUUUCUAUUUCGAGGCAGACCGUGGCGCCACGGGGUGCGCCAAGCCUGCUCUGGGCGGCUUCCAAGCGUCUGGGCUGGGCGAGGCAUGCGUCCAGAGCGUCCGGGGGGCACAGGUCAGAACGAAAGCGCAGCAGAGCUCCAGGAGCGGAGCGCCCGUGGCACUGCGUCCGGCGCCUCCGCGCGGUCUGGCCGUGCACAGCAGCAGCACAGCGUCAGAGACACGGCGCUCCACGGAGUCGCCGAGAGUCGGCGUGGGAGCGAGGGCGGCUCGGGGGACGAGGCGCCAGGGCGGGGAAGGCUCGGGGCGGCGAGCGUGCAGGGCGAGCGGUAGAGCCCAGAGGCGGGCGGACGCGGGCGCGGGCCGCAGCCUCGGGGGCCGUGCGCCGACGGGCGGGCGCGCGCCGCGCGAGCGGCGGCGGCUCCAUGGCCGCCGAGACGAGCGCGCCGGCGCCAUGGGCGACGACAGCGAGGAGGUCAUAUCGGUGGAUGGCGAGGGGUUGUGGCCGCAGGCGGCGCCGCGGCCUCCGAGCGAGACAGCGGACAUCGUCGAGCUCCUGCGAGGCGGGGCCGCGACAUCCGAAGCCUCGGCGCGCGCUGCCGCCGGCGCCAGCGCCGACACCGCCCCAGCGAGCGGCGCAGGGCGGCGGCGGCCUGGCAAGUUCAGCGAGCUGCUGGGAGCGGCUCAACGCGGAGGGCGGCACUCCCAGCCCGAGCAGCCCGAGCCCGUGGCGGCGCCGGCCACUGCUGCCGGGCGGGCGUCCGCGGCGGCACAGGGCGCGGAGGAGGUCACUGGGGAGCCGGCCGUCGCGCAGCAGUCCCCGCCACACUCGGCGCAGGCCCACUCGCCAUCGGCCGAGAGCGCCAGCAGCACGGCGCAUCCGCUGCCGGGCCGCGGAGCCCCCUCGUUGCCAGACGGGGGCGCCAGCGGCCCGACAGCGCUGCCACCGCCAGCUGCCCGCGGCGGCGUCGCUGCGGCCCUCGGCCGUCUGCCCCCCCCCGCGGCGCCAGCGGCGCGCCGCGGCGCGCCCACAGCUUCCCGCUGCAUGCCAGCGGCACCAGCGUCGCCAGCUGCGCCAGCGGCGCCAGCUGCGCCAGCGGCUGGCGGUGGCCCAGCAGCCGUUGCUGGGCACGCCGUUGCCAGGUGCGCGCAGUGCGGCGCAGCCGCCCGAGGCUGGAAGGGCCCCGCUGGCGCAGGCCUCGCAGACGCUUUCUUUUGCCAGGCAUGUUGGGCUGCUUGGGGGUCGGACAACACAUGCACCCGUUCGGAUGCCCUCGCUGGCCGCGUGGCCGACCGCCAGGUGAUGGAGCACUUCCAGCAGGAGAUGCGGCGCUUGGAGCGUCUGCCGCCUGCUGCGCUCAGGCGGGAGUACACGAACGAAUGGGGCUUGCCGUUGGAACCAGGUAUGGACGACCGAAAGAUUUUGGAGCUCAUAAAGGUAAUGCUUGUGUGGAACGCGUUGCCCGUGCACGAGCUCCGCAAGGAGUGUGAGGAAUCGGAGGUAGCAGUGCAGGGCUCAGGGCAAUGGGAGUCCGAGCGGCAGGAGCUGAUCCAGCGGCUGAUCGCCGAGUCGUGCGUCACGAGGUGGUGUGAGCUGGGUGUCCCUGUUAAGCGUAUCGGCGAGGUCUCAAAGGCAGCCGCCGUUGUGGAGAGACUGGCGCACAUCGAACGCCUGCCAGGGGGCGCCAGCCUGGCAACCCGCAGCGCCGCGCUGCGCCGUGAGUGGGCCGAGGCCGGCUUCCAGCUGCCCCCGGACGGCAUCUCUGGAGAGGAGGCGAAGGGAUGCUUGAAGCUUGCAUGCAUUUGGCAGCAGCUUCCAGUCCAUGAGCUGAAGGUGGAGUGCAGCGACAGAGGCGUGCCGCUCACAAGGGUGCCGUGCGACGGCGGAGAGGAGGCGCAGCGCGGGGUGCUGCUGCGGGGGCUGCUGCUGCACGAGUGCGCGGGGCACUACUACGGCGCCCGGGGCGUGCCCGUGCGGCGCCUGGGCUCUGUGGAGGCGGCUGCCAAGGUCCUCGCGCGCACCGAGCAGCUGGAGGCCGCCAGCCUCCGCGAGCUCCUGACCGAGUUCGGGCGGCUGGAGCUGCCCAGGCCAGGCCUCUCGCGGGAGCGGCUGCUGGAGGGGCUGAGGGCCGCGGCCUUGUGGGAGGAGCUCCCCGUCCCCGAGCUCGAGGAGGAGUGCCGCGAUCGCGGCAUCCGCGUGGCAGCCGCCGGGAAGAUGGCCACGGGCGACUGCGGGGCAGACAGGCGCAGCGAGCUGCUUGGACGGCUGCUCAUCUCGAUCUACGAGCGCGAGUACGAGUCCAGGGGCGUGCCUGCGCAGCGGCUGGGCAGCGUGGGCGCGGCGAAUCACGUCUUGCAGGCCUUCGAAGAGCUCGAGGCGCUCAGCAAUGAGGCCGUGGAGGCCCGGCUCGCGGCUCUUGGACUGCCACGUCCUGCCGGUGCUGCGCGCGGCGAGCUCUUGGCCGAGUUGCGGCGGCAUGCGCUGUGGUCACAGCUGCCAGCCGUCGAAUUGCGGCUGUUGCUGCAGGAGAGCGGGCUGCCGUCUGGUGCCUGCCGGGCAGGCGCGGGGCCCGCCGAGUCGAGGAGGGAGCUGCUGGAGCGUCUGCUCGCCGCCAGGCGGCGCAAGGCCUUCGAGGGGAGCGGCGUGCCCGUGGCGCGCCUGGCCUCGCCGACCGCGGCCCCCGGGCUGGCGAGCAGGUUUGAUGCUCUGCAGGCCAUGAACGACCGAGGCCUACGCGAGGAGUGCUCCAGGCUCGGCCUCCCGGAGCCGCCGGACGCUGCCGACCGCGCGCAGCUGCUGAAGGGUCUCCGGUGGGCGCUGGUCUGCCACGCGCUGUCGUUUGUGGAGCUGAAGAAGGAGUGCGUCGCUGUCGGCGUCAAGGGCUUCCACUCUGCCCCCGAGAGCCACAGGCCGCAGAUGCUCUCGGGGCUGCUGCGCGCCGCGUGGGACGAGGCCGCCCCGAGGCGCCGAGGCGCCAGGACGGCGAACGCUGGCGCGAGGCCGGGCGGCGCCCGCGGCUGCGCCGCCGCGCAGAGGAUGGCGGGCCACUUCCAGAAGCUCGGGCUGGGCGUUGGCGCCAACCACGACGACGUGAGGAGGGCGUACAAGAGGCUGGCGCUCAAGUACCACCCUGAUAAGUGCUCCGCCGAUAGUGAACAGCAUUCGGCCGCGGCUUUCCUUGAAAUGCGAGAAGCCUACGAGGAGCUGCGCGGGCUUUUCGACGGGCGCACCUAG